ACGCACCUCCCAUUUACAACUUUAAAAAAAAGUUCUAGAGCCUCUCGUCCUCCAAUUGUUAAAACUCCGGACUCGCUUGACAUAGGGGGCAUACUUCUGGAGACUUCUGGACCGCAACUUUGACACGCAGAGAGAAAUGUUCUGCACAGGGAUUUCAAUAGGCUAUCUUUCUGAAGUAUGUGGACAAUACAACUGUAUUAAAGGGAUUUGAGCCUCAUAGACACGUCGAUAAAGUGGAUAAGAAAUAGCACUGUUUUGAACACAUUUCGGGACUUCAUUUUGCCAGAUUACACAAGGACUCCACUAUGGCGCCCUUCCUCCCCCUCCUCCUCCUCCUCUCCUCUUCCUCUGUCCUCUCCAGUGACUGUCCAGAGGAUUGCUCUUGUCAGGCCCAGGGUUCCAUCUUCUGUAUCCACCGUCGUUCCACCGUCGUCCCCCGCGGCCUCCCUUCCUCUGUGAAACAUCUCUACGUCUUCCAGAACGGCAUCAACACUUUAGCCCAGGAUGACUUCACAGGCCUGGGGGAACUGGAGAUGCUGGACCUGUCCCAGAAUAUACUCACGGAGGUCCCGGAUGGGGUCUUUGAAACGCUAUCUUCGCUGAGGAAUCUCGAUUUGUCCGCAAACUACAUUACCCACAUCGCCAAGGAUAGCUUCUCCGGAUUGGUGCAACUCGAGAGGUUGUAUCUCCACGGCAACCGCAUCAAGAGCAUCCAAUCGGAGGCCUUCGAGGUUCUGGAGGAUCUUCUGGAACUGAAGCUGCAGGGGAACCAGUUGACCGGUCUCCCAAUGCUCCGUCUCCCCAGGCUUCUCCUCCUUGAUCUCAGCUUCAACUCUCUCCCGACGCUGGGUCCCCAAGACCUCCAGACCCCCCACCUCGAGUCGCUCAAAGUGGCUGCGUUGGGGCUCACCACCCUGGACUCAGAUCUGAUGGCUUCCCUGGGGAACCUCCAUGACCUUGAUGUGUCCCAGAACCAGCUGGAGGGGAUGCCUGAAGCAUUGAAGGCCACCCGGGGGCUUAUCAAGCUCAGCCUGGCUGACAACCCCAUUGGGGAGCUCCGGAACGAGGACUUCCAGAGUCUGGUGGGUCUCCAGGAGCUGGAUCUCAGUGGGCUGAACCUCCAGGGCUUGCCCCAGGGUUUCUUCCAGCUCUUCCCCAGGCUGGGGCACCUCACGGCGGCCGAGAAUCCCUUCAACUGUCUCUGUCCUCUGGCCUGGUUCCCUGGCUGGCUGAAAGAGAAGAAGGUGGAUCUGGGACGCACAGAGGAGACAAGGUGCCACUUCCCACCAGUGAAUGCUGGCAAGGUGCUGGCGGAGCUGGACCAUCAAGAUUUCGGCUGUCCACCUACGACCACUGUCAUGACGAAUGCCCUAGGGGAGGGGAGUACUUCUGCACCCCCCAUUCUGACUACAUCCCCUGGAAACACACAUACCAACGCCAUCCCCCCACCUCCGCCAUUCCCUAGUGAUGAACCAUCUUCAACGGAGACAGACAUUGAGAGUCGUCCCCCUCCUCCAGCUUCUCCGACUACCGCUUUCAGGGAUGAGGGCCACAUCUGCCCGCCGAACAUCUGCCUCAAUGGGGGUACGUGCCGCUUCGAUCCUCUGGGACAGCUUGGAUGUCUCUGUCCCCGCGGAACUAUGGGCUUGUACUGCGAGAACCUGGAGUCGUCUAACCACAACCAGCCACCUCUCCAAACCUCCGCCCCCGAGGUUUUGGCAUCCAUGGUCGCCCCCAUUGUAACCUCUGAUCCCAAUGACAUCAGUUCCCGUCAGGUGACCUCCACGUCCAUCCUCCUCGACCUGCACCGUUUCCUCGAGACGAGGCCACACAUCCGCGGGAUUAAGUUGACCUACCGGAACCUCUCAGGGCCCGACCGGCGCCCCAUGUCCCUCAGCGUCCCCGCCUCGUACCCAGAAUACACCCUCCGAGGGCUCCGGCCCAACUGUACCUACUCGGUGUGCGCCAGCCCCCUGGCAGAGAGGGUGAACGGGGGUGGAGGCGGUGGAGGUAGCCCUACCGAGGGAGGGUCUUGUAUGGAGGCUCGUACCGAGGGAGGUCCCCAAGCUUCGUCCUUGGAGCCCCACGUGGAUGAUCAGAGCCAGCUCACCUACACCCUCAUCCCAGCCUUGGCUGCUCUCGCCCUGGUCACGGGGGUGGCGGUGGUGGCCAUCCUGGUUCUUUUCCUCCGAAGGAGACGGGCUCACAUGGCGCUGGAAGGGGGUGAGAUGGGACCAAUGGAACUGGAGGGCCUUAAGGCUUGUCUGGAGAACGGCGUGGAGAACGGGGGCACCCUACCCCACAAGGGAGCGGAUAUCGCCCCCUGUCACACCUCCAUCCCGACCCAGCCACAAAAUUGCGGAUCGUCACAUCCCCUUCCACAAAAUGGUGGUUUAGAAUAUGAGGCCCCCCUCAUGAAGGGACAGGGGCACUGUCCAUCGAAUAAUAAUGUGGCAUCCUUGAAGCCAUCGUAUUUCUAGAAACUCAGUCUGUUGUCUUCAUGGAUUUCUUAAUAUUUCUCAAUGAGACUCAAUGUACUCAAUGACAUUCAGAGUUAUGGAAUGGAACAGAAGUAACUACCCCUGUAGAGGGUAACGCUACGCCCCGUUAUCUCUAAGUGGAUGGGAGGACUCUACCAUUAUGAGGCAGUGAAAGGGGGGUGUUUUAGCUCAUCCAGCAGAGUUCAAGUUGAUAGAAAUGUAACAAGUAUUUAAACCUAAAGUGCAAUCGCCAUGCCAAAAAGGGUCUAUCUUAUAAUCGGACUGAAAACGGAAGUGCCUUCUUGCAUUGACAUGAUAUGCUGUAAUAAUGAUGCUUUUAUUUUUGAAAUGUUGAUGUUUUGAAAAGAGCUGCAUUGAAUGAGUUUGCAAUCCUUUUGCUGGAUCAGGAGAUUGGGAGAGCAGGGCUUGUGGAGGUAUGGGGAAGGCACAGAGUCAAGGUUGGGAGGAGUAGAGGUGGGGUGCAGAGGUAGAGAUAGAGACACAGGUGUGUGUGUGCUCUGUAGACUGUUCAGCACUUCCGUAAAUGAACGAGGCACCCCUCCCCACCUGCCCCCUGGGAGAACUUGCACUGAAGAGAAGAGAAACUCUCUGCAACAUUACAACACUUCCCAGAGACUAAACCUAAGGUAGUGAAAUGCUGAUUCUGUAGAGAUGGUACCACGGACAGAAUACAGUUUUAGACAACAUUACCACCGACAUCACCCCCCCCCCC